AACGAUUUCAUUUACAGUCAUCACUUGCGACUAUUAGCAUUUUCGCCCAUAAAUUACAGCACUAUAAGUUGAACCUCAACUACGAGUAAUAGCUAAAUAGCCCACAUCACAUGCAUCUCGCAUAGAGACUAGAGAGUGGGGAAGAAGAGAGAGGAAAAGGAAAAAAAAUAAAAAAAAAAGGAAAAAGACAAUUAUAAGUUAAGCAAUAAGGAGAGGUCAGGAUUUCUCUAAAAUCUCCAAUACUGGUAAAACCCCAAAACCCCCCCUUAUCUUCCUAUCUUCUUUAUUUCCCCUCUUUUUCUUCAUUCUCUGCAACUCUGUUUUUGCCACCCAUUAAUUCUUUCUUCUCAAACCCAAAAAUAAAAUAAAAAGGAAGAAAGAAAAAUGGCCCCAAAAUCAGGUCGCAGUAAAGGGCACAAACCAAAAUCUGAGAAGAAGAAGAAAGAGGAAAAAGUUGUUCCUAGUGUUAUUGACAUUAUUGUCAUUACCCCAUAUGACUCCCAAGUUACUCUCAAGGGGAUAUCUACUGAUAAGAUAUUAGAUGUGAGAAGGUUAUUAGCUUCAAAUGUAGAGACAUGCCAUAUUACCAACUACUCUUUGUCACAUGAGGUAAGAGGGCAAAAAUUGAAUGACAAAGUUGAAAUUACAUCUCUGAAACCAUGUGUAUUGAAGAUGGUUGAAGAUGAAUAUAAUAACAAGGCCCAAGCAAUGGCCCACGUGAGGAGGCUACUAGACAUUGUGGCAUGUACAAGUUGGUUCAACAAGCCCAAAGGACAAAGGCCCACAUCAUCCGACCACAAAUCGAAAAAGAGUAAGGCCCACAGUCCAAUACAUGUGGGACCACCACCAUCAAAUGAAGGGCCCAGAAUUCAAAAUGGACCGUCCAUUUCUGUUAUCUCAGAAGAAAAUGACAUGGCUGCUCUUCAUCCAACACCUAAACUCUCCGAAUUUUUUGAGUUUUUCUCUUUCUCUCACCUCUCUCCUCCUCUUCUUGGUAUCAAGAGGUGUGAAAGAAGGUUGGAAGAUAAACGUGAUGGGGACUUUUUUGAAUUACAGAUCAAGAUUUGCAAUGGAAAGAUAAUACAAGUCGUUGCUUCCAAAAAAGGCUUCUACACUUUGGGCAAGCAGUUAGUACAAUCUCACUCCUUAGUGGAUCUCCUGCAUCAGCACAGCCAAGCAUUUGCUAAUGCAUAUGAUGCACUUAUCAAAGCUUUUGUGGAACACAAUAAGUUUGGCAAUCUUCCUUAUGGAUUCCGUGCAAAUUGUUGGCUUACCCCACCUUCGCUUGCUGAAUCUCCAUCAAACUUCCUACCCCUGCCAACCGAGGAUGAGAAUUGGGGUGGAAAUGGUGGAGGUCAAGGAAGAAAUGGCGAGCAUGAUCUUCGACCUUGGGCGACAGAGUUUGCUACGUUGGCUAGCUUGCCCUGCAAAACUGAAGAGGAGAGAGUGAUACGUGAUCGAAAGGCUUUCUUGCUCCACAGUUUAUUUGUCGACGUGUCAAUCUUUAAAGCUGUAGAUACUAUACGCCAUUUGAUAGAAUCAGACUCCUAUGGAAGAGAUUCUCAUGAAAGCCGUGUGGGUGACCUGUGCAUUGUGGUUAAACGUGACUUAGCUGAUGCUAACUUGAAGCCUGAUGACAAGUCUCUCUUCUGUGAGGAGUCUGAAACUUCUGCUAGAGGGGUUGUUCAGAGAAAUUUGAUCAAAGGGUUGACUGCCGAUGAAAAUGUGACUGUUCAUGAUAUUUCUUCACUUGGAACUGUCACUUUAAGGUAUUGUGGGUACACUGCGACUGUUAAAGUUCUUGGAAAUGUCAAGAAGAAUUUUGAACACCAUGAUGUUGAAGUUGAAGAUCAGCCUGAUGGAGGAGCUAAUGCCCUCAAUGUUUACAGCUUAAGGAUGCCCUUACACAAGCCAAUUAACGCUGAACUCUCUGGAGAAAGCACAUCUCCCGUGGCACAAUCUGAUGAACUAGAAGAUCCUAGAUCUCAAGUCAUAAAGAUACUUAAUGAUAGCUUAGCCAACUUGGAAGGGGAGGAAAAACCUGCGGAGGCUGAAGUCGGCAUUAGAUGGGAACUUGGUUCAUGUUGGGUACAGCAUUUGCAGAAGCAGGAAAGUGAAAAAAAUCCCAAGGAAGCUGGCAAUGAGAAAAAUAGUGAAUCUACUGUUAAAGGUUUGGGAAAAGAAUUCAAGUCGCUAAAGAAAAGAGAGAAAAAGCCUAACAGUGUGGACUCUUCAGAUGGACGAGAGGAGAAAGAAUCUCAAGUUUCUGGCCCUGAAACCAAUGGAUUUAGCAAAGAUACUGAAGUUUCUGAGCUGGAAAAGCUACUCUCUGAAGAAGCUUUCUUACGCUUGAAAGAAUCUGGAACUGGCCUUCAUCUUAAGACUAUAGAUGAACUUAUCACUAUGAUUUACAACUAUUAUGAUGAAAUCGCUUUACCAAAGCUGGUGACAGAUUUUGCAUCUCUUGAACUAUCUCCUGUUGAUGGACGCACACUUACAGAUUUUAUGCAUCUCAGGGGACUGAAGAUGAGUUCUUUGGGUCGUGUGGUCGAGUUAGCUGAGAAACUUCCUCACAUACAAUCCCUAUGUGUCCAUGAAAUGGUCACCCGGGCUUUCAAGUAUGUUGUGAAAGCUUCUGUUGCUUCUGUUGAUGAUGUAUCGCAAAUACCAGCAGCAAUUGCAACAUCUUUGAAUGUCCUCUUUGGGUCCACUUCUACUAAUAAUAGUGAAAACACCGAAUUUCAAGAGUAUGAGCUUAAAGUUAGGUGGUUAAGGGCUUUCCUCUUAAGCCGAUUUGGGUGGAAGCUCAAUGAUGAAUUUCCUCACUUAAGGAAGUUGUCGAUUCUUCGAGGCCUCUGCCACAAGGUUGGUUUUGAGUUGGUUCCAAGAGACUAUGAUGUCGAUGCUCCAAAUCCUUUUAGGAAAGAAGAUAUUAUCAGCAUGGUUCCUGUGUGCAAGCAUGUGAUAUGCUCCUCUGCAGAUGGCCGAACUCUGUUGGAAUCUUCCAAGGUAGCUCUAGACAAGGGGAAGCUAGAAGAUGCUGUUACUUAUGGAACAAAGGCUCUAGCAAAGAUCAUUGCUGUAUGCGGUCCCUAUCAUCGAACAACUGCAGGUGCUUAUAGUCUUCUUGCUGUAGUCUUAUACCACACAGGAGAUUUCAAUCAGGCUACCAUUUAUCAGCAAAAGGCAUUAGAUAUCAAUGAAAGGGAACUUGGGCCUGAUCAUCCUGAUACUAUGAAGAGUUAUGGGGAUCUAUCAGUAUUUUAUUAUCGUCUCCAACACAUCGAAUUAGCACUCAAGUAUGUCAACCGUGCUUUAUUUUUGCUCCACUUUACGUGUGGACUAUCGCACCCAAAUAGUGCUGCAACUUAUAUAAACGUAGCCAUGAUGGAAGAGGGGAUGGGGAAUGUCAACUUUGCUCUCCGCUAUCUUCAUGAAGCCUUGAAAUGCAACAAGAGGCUCUUAGGAGCUGAUCAUAUCCAGACUGCUGCCAGUUAUCAUGCCAUAGCGAUUGCACUUUCACUAAUGGAGGCCUUCUCACUCAGUGUUCAGCAUGAGCAAACUACGCUCAAAAUUCUUCAAGCCAAGCUUGGAGCAGAAGACCUUCGUACUCAGGAUGCAGCAGCGUGGCUGGAAUAUUUUGAAUCUAAGGUAAUAGAACAGCAGGAACUGGCAAGGACAGGAACACCAAAACCGGAUGCAUCCAUUGCUAGCAAAGGGCAUCUUAGUGUAUCGGAUCUCCUUGAUUUUAUUAGUCCUGAUCAUGACCCUAAGGGUGGAGAUGCUCUGAAGAAACAUAGGCGUUCAAAGAUAAUGCAGGUUGCUGAAAACAUCCAGGGUCAGGAACAGGGUCAAGUGUCAAAUGGCUCAGCACAUGAAGAUCAUGACAUAAUAAAUGAUACUGUUGUUGUGGAAGAAAGAACUGUUAUUAAAGAAGAAGCAGAAGAACAAAUUCCUGAAGAAUCAAAUGAUAGCGAUGUUACUAUUGGUGAGCAGGUUGUCUUUGGAGAGGCUGUUGAUACAAGUUCAGAUGAGGGGUGGCAAGAAGCCAGCACGAAAGUGCGUUCUGCCAAUGCCAACGAGAACAAGUUCCGUAAAAGACGGCCUAAUCAUCUGAAAGUAAAAGUCAAUCAUUCUGCUUCUUCAAAGGCUAAAGAAAAUGGCCAUGUAUCUGGAGUCAUGCCAAGAGAGCAGAGAGUGAUGAAUCAUACCAUGAGCUUGAAGGAGUCUUCUCCACCCAAGAAAUCAAGAACUCAAGUACAAUCGAAGAAAACUGUUACUGCUUUGGCUUCAAAGGCAAUUUCCUACAAAGAAGUUGCCAUGUCACCCCCAGGAACUAUAUUCAAGCCUGUGCCGCAGAAGGAAGAAAUUACUAAUGCAGAAGAAAAUCAGAAAGUUCCUGAAAUUUCUGAAGAAGGUAGAAAAGGCGAUGAUGCAGAUGAUGUGAAUCUUGUUCAUGAAGAAGAAAGUGAAGUUUCUGAUGACAUUACAAAUCCUUCUCCACAAGGUGAAACGAUGGUAGUUCCUGAUAAUGAUGAAAUGCCGUGUUUAAAUAGUCAGGACAAGGCAGCCUUGGAAACUAAAGGGUCAAAACUCUCUGCUUCGGCUCCACCCUUUAAUCCAACAACCCUUGGAGCUACUAACUUCUAUGAGUUCCCUCCUAUUUCUGCUAGAGUUGCAUGUGGUCCAAGGUCACCUUUGUAUUACAGGACAAACCAUUUCGUGCCAGCUAAACAAGGUGGUGCGACAGUCAUGAAUCCUGAUGCUCCUGAAUUUGUACCUCAGAAAUUGACAGCUGAUGCAAAUUCAUCUCCUGAUGUGGUAAAGGAUGCAGGAGAAACUGAUGGGAAAGAAGUGUCGAAAGAUGAUCGAUCAAAGAAGAGUACUUCUGAGGCUGAAAAGGCAGAGUUAGCAAGGCAAAUUCUACUCAGCUUCAUUGUAAAGUCAGUGCAGAAGAGUUCAUCAGAUCGUUCAAACGAGUCUUCUAGGACUGUUAAGAAGUCAGGAAACUGGCAGAACUCUUCAGAAGCUAUAGCAAAUGAUAGUGCAAUUAUCAAGAUUUUCCAAGGAAGUGAAGAGAAGGCAGAUGGGGUUGUAAGAUCGAAUGAUCCCGAGAAGAUCAAUGCUAAGUUUGCAAACAAAGUUGGGGAUGGAGAAGGGUUUGUUGUAGUCUCAAAACGAAGGAGAAAUCGACAACAUAUUGCUGCUAAUGCUGUUGGGAAUAACAUAGUAUACAAUCAACAACAAUCAAUUUGCACUUGAAACUAUUCUUUUGCAGUAUUGCAGCAUCAUUUUUGGGGAUGUUGCUGAGUAAAAGUACAUAUAUGAUGGGAAGAAUCAUCGUUGUGGAACCGAUGAAGCGAUGAUUAAACUUCAAUGGAUUGUCAGUUAUGACAAUGGGAAGACCUGUUUCUCUUUUGUAGUUUUUGGCUGAUAAUAUAACAGCAGCAAAUAAAUUACUUCUUUUCUUUGCUUUUGUAUCAAAUAGUUUCAAUUAAUGUGUACUGAGGAGUGGGAAUACUUGUUCAUUUAUGUAAUAUCAUGCUUGCUUCAUAAAGUAAAACUUAUACACAAAUUGGUUCAAAAAUCAGAUGAUAAUUGAAAUUGUUUUCCAUUUUACCUA